AUGAGCUUUUCUUCCUCUGCGCUCUCAGCCUUAUGCGUUUUCUUGGGAGUUCUUCUGACUGGCUGUGCGACUCUUGACGAUGAGUCGGAUGGUAACGACGGGCAGUGGUCGACCUUCGCAGUCCAGAUCGGGACUCCACCACAAGUAGUCAGGUUACUGCCAUCGAUUACUGGCAAUGCGAUAUGGACAGUAUGGAGCUACGCGUGCGAACAGUCGAGUCUUCUCGACUGCCCUGCUGCGCGUGGUGGCGUUUUCAACUUGAGUGCUUCAGCGACGUGGGAGACUGAGGGCAACUACUCGCUUCCACUAAGCCCCCAGCACUACCUGCCAUAUUCUGGUGCGGCAACAUUGGGCUUUGACAACAUAACAUUUGGCUGGAACAAUCAGGGUGGCGAAUCCCUGGAUAACCAGCUUGUGUUCGCCUACGUGACGGACGAUUUCUUCGUGGGCAGCAUUGGGCUCAGCCCACAACCCACCAAUAUAUCUUCAUUCAACGAUCCAAUUCGCAGCAUCAUUGGUGCACUUCGACAGGACAACCUUAUUCCUAGCAUGUCCUGGAGCUACCUUGCUGGAGCAUCUUACUAUUCUUUCCCAGUUAUGUCAUUUGGGAGCCUGACAUUUGGCGGAUAUGACGCGAAUCGUCUCAACAUUAAUGCUAACCUUACGCUGGCGGGAGGCUCUGACCAGUACAGACCUUUUCUUCUUGGAGUUGACAGCAUCACCACCGGCGGUACAGAGAUGCUCACGGAGCCAAUAAUCACAGCCCUAGACUCCCUUACCACUCAAAUCUGGCUUCCAAUAUCAGCAUGUCAAGCUUUCGAAGCGUCCUUUGAUCUGGUAUGGAACGAGACCUAUGAGCUCUACCUUCUCAGCGAAGACCAACAUUCCGCUCUUGUGGCUAAGAAUGCAAGUGUAACUUUUACCCUCAGCACAGGAUCCUCAAAUUCUACGGACCGCCUUAACAUUACCCUUCCGUACGGGGCGUUCGACAUGAAAGCAAGCCCUCCUUUGGCCGGCGAUGAGACUUAUUACUACUUUCCCCUUAAGCAAGCCGCAAAUGAGACGCAGUAUACCCUUGGCAGAACGAUCCUCCAGGAGAUUUACAUCGUCGCAAAUUACGAGUGGGGCUACAUCACCUUGUAUGAAGCAGUAUACCCAGAAUCGUCAGUGCAAGCCGACAUCGUCCCCAUAUGCGCCCAAAAUGCGACAAACUGCAUCAAUCCAACCACUCCUGGAACCAAGUCACAUCGAUUGCCGGCAGGGGCGGCAGCAGGUAUAGUCAUCGCCGCCAUACUUGUCCUCGCUGCGGUAUGUGCGGCAGUCUGGCUCAAAUGUUUCAAGAAGCCCAAAACCGAGCGGCCUCUAUCCGAAGGGGAGGGUGGCUCGAUAUGCGAAAUCCAAACUACUUCUGAAGCGGUAGGCCCUGUUGGCGCCGCAGAGAAACCUCCUGAGCUCGACGGCAGAGUGCUAGGGAGUCCACGCAGUGAACUCGAAGGAUGCUAUAAGCAUGGGACGCCGUCUUCAGUCGAAGACAGCGGAUACACGACCGCCUCGCAGCGAGGCGGUACGAGUAGCAGUGGCGGCAGACUCUCCCCAUCACUCGGGCGAGGAAGGCAAGAACCAUUAGAGGCUGGAGGUGGGGAGUUGCGGGAGUUUGGUGACGCUGAAGUCCAUGAACUGUCUGGAGAGACUCGGUCUUUUGUAAAUCGGUCUGAACUUGAGGGUAGUUUCCCUCAUCAUGAGUUACCUGGCUCGACGAGAUGGCCUACCGGCUAA